ACGGAGAAGCGAAUCCGGCUCCGUUUUAGGGCUCAUGGGAAAUGAGGCGCUGGCAGCGUCCCCCACCUGAUGCGCCCCCUGCUAUCCCAGUCCUGGGCCCCUCCCAGCUCUGCCAGUGCACCUCAGACCUGGUGUGCAGCCCCCCCCCCCCCCCACCAUUGCAGGCCUGUCUGCACCCCACCUACGCUGCCGAUGUCCCUGAGUCCUGAAUUACAGCACCCCCUGUUGUGCCAGUGCUGCUCCCCAGCAGUGCACUGUGACCUGAUUGGCGGCGUCUUCUGCUUCCUAGUUCUCCCGGUUUUGCAAAGGCACAGCAAUCCUGGCAACAUCCUUUGCUAUGCUACUUUGUCCCAAACUCUGCCACUGCACCUCUGGUAGGGGAUAUCAACUGCCCCACACUGACCUGACAGUGACUCCAGAGGAGCAUGUGGAUGAAGAGAGGUAUUACCAGCUGUACCCAGGGCACAUCCCCACCAGCCCUCUGCAGAAAGUACUGCUGUCUGCUGGCUCAGCAUUUAUGGCUCUCUACAACCCCUACCGGCAUGAUAUGGUGGCAGUCCUUGGUGAGACAACUGGCUCUUCAGCCCUGCGGAGCCUGAGGGAUAAAAUGAGGCACGACCCUGAAGGUUAUCAGAUCCUACAAGAGCGGCCUCGGAUCCGGCUCUCCACCCUGGACGUGACUGGGCUCCGGGGUCUGCCGGAUGGAACGUUUGGCCGAGAAUAUGUCCGGUUUUUGGACAGCAAUAGGGUUUCUCCGGACACCAGGAUGCCGGUCAAGUUUGUUGAUGAAGAGGAGCUGGCCUAUGUGAUCCAGCGGUACCGUGAAGUCCAUGACCUGAUGCACACUCUCCUCGGCAUGCCCACCAACAUGCUUGGGGAGGUUGUGGUGAAGUGGUUCGAAGCCAUUCAGACUGGCCUGCCCAUGUGCAUUCUGGGAGCGGUGUUUGGCCCAGUUCGUCUCAAUGCCCGGAAGCUGCAGAUCCUGACCAUGGAGCUCAUUCCCUGGGCUGUUCAGAGUGGCCGCAAUGCCAGUUGUGUCCUGAAUUUCUACUACGAGAACCGCUGGGAGCAGACGGUGGAGUCUCUGAGGGAGGAGAUUGGAAUCUUACAUCCCCCUGCUAUUUGAGUGUGAAAGUCUGUGGGGACCGGGGGGCAUACUGGGCUUCACACCGACGGGGUGGAGCCUCACUGGGCACCAUGCAUGAGGAGCAAUGACUAAACCCUUUGCAGGUUCGAGACUCCUCCUGGGAAUUCUCCUACAGCAGUGGAGGGCAUCAGUCUGCCCAAAUGAGAUGCUGGGUUGCCAAGAAUAUAAGGGCUGCACCUAGGGCCAGAUUCCUUGCUGUCGUAAGCCGCUGCAGCUCUGCUGAUGUCAGUGAAUUCGCACUUUCUCACGCCAAAGGUGAAUUUGAACCCUGUGGCUGUCUUAGUCCUCAGCGUAGAGAUAUGGCCCAUGGAGCUAAGUUCCACCAUGCAGUGUGCCAGCUAGAUCCCAGUAGAGGCUGGGCCAUGGAGUCUCCAUGCGCUGCGUUUCUUCACAAGACCCCAUGGUAGGGCCCCGUGGUCUGCAUUCAGUUAUCCUGUAAUACUGGAGUGGGGAAAAGGGGAAGCAGAGCUGGGUUAAAGUAGCUCUGGACCUAUCUAGUAACUUUUGGCUUCUGAUUGCUAUAACUUUCCCUAGGUGAAUACCUACCCCACUGGGGAGCUGUGAGACUUAAUUCCCAAGGGCAGCGCUUCUCAAGCUAUCUGAUGGGUGGGGGACUGGCAAUUUUUUUCCCCAAUAUGCGCGCAGACCGGCCGCCGAUGGCUUGCAGACCGGCACCGGUCCGCGGACCACCACUUUGAGUAGCACUGCCCUGGGGGACCAUUCUACCCCAGUUAAAGCCAGUUGAUUUACCAAACAGCGCCUGGACAGACUCAUUGCCUAUGACAAAGUGACAGCUGAUCAGCGCUCGUGCUCUGCUCUGCCCCCAGUUGUACCGGCUUGCACUGAUGGUAGAUGUAGGAAUGUAUUUCGUUUCUCUAGUACAGCUCGACUGAUCAGUCGCAUACCCGCCUUGGCAGCUGGGAAGGAGUUAAGCUCUUGUUCAGUCACAGCGAAACCAAACCCCACUGAGUUGGGAGGGCCUGUGUGCCACAGUGUGUCAAUUGCUGCAUACAAUUUAAAACAAAGUACACCACUGGCAUCCCCCUCGCUGACUGUCUCAGCAGACAGGCCAAGGAUUGAAUGGGCCACGGGCCCGGAGUUCCCCUCUCGUCCCCAACUGCGUCCCUUCCAGUUUACAAUAGAGGCACAGUGACAGGCUCGCCAGCGGGAAGCACUUACCGACCCUGUCCAGUCUCUGCCUGCUCCAAGGAGAGACGAUUUCGGUCCCCACUAAUUCCACAUGAUUUUGUCUUUGUUUUAAACAGUGAACUAGCUCUCUGUGCACUCCAGGGCCGUGAGGCUGUGUAUCUGCAGAACAGAGAGAGUGAGAAGGAGGUGAUGAAUCCCACAGGGAGUGGAACUCUCAGAUUGCACAUGCUGUUUGUGCUGGGUCAGUGUUUAUAAACUGAUUUCUGUGCGGUGUAACUGAGUUGGGUUCUAUACUUAUAAGGCAAAUAACAAAGCCCAGAUUGAAUAGUUCUUGUUGCUGGGCUGGGACGCACCAAAGCAGGAUGUAUUUUAAUGUGGCGUUUUGAGGCUGACGUUCCUUGUUCAUGAAUAAAAUCCCUGGUGACACUUGCA